GCACAGUGUUGGUAGUGAGCAUCCUACCAAUUCCUUGAUCCUUUAUAUAGCAAAAAGGAGACACAUUAGUGUCCUAGCACCCAUGUUACCAUGUACAAAUCCGAGAUAUCCUCCCGCCAUCCUCGCCUACAAACAUCACCUCCUUCACCGCAGAACAAGAGACUCAACUCAAGAAAGCAACAAACAAUCCACUUCUCAUUCUCUUUUCUUCUCUUCCCUCCCAAGUCCCAAUCUCAAAAUCAAAACCAUAAUUUAUUAUUAUAUAAACAAACAAACCACAUUACAAAUAUCAUCAAAAUCUAACUCGCAAUGCUUCGAAUCUGUUUGAGAACAACUCGCCCCUUUCUUCGCUUCCCUCGUCCCCGCUACAUCUCCAGAAAAUCCUUCAAUUCACCAUCCAAAGACUUACAAAAUUCCCAAAUUGCCCCUCCAACCGUCCCUAACAACCUCUCUCCCACUCCUUCCUCGCCUCUCUCUCGCACCUCCUUCAUCGCUCUCUCCGCCGUCGCUGUUUCCGCACUCUUCGCCUCCGCCGCGAUUCUCUCCUCCGAUUCCAACUCCGAUCACGACGGCGCGCCGAAUCCUCUCUAUGCCGGCGCCGAGCACGCCGUGCACCGCUCCGUCGACUCCUUCAACAAGCUUUUCCACCACGUCAAGCGCACCGGCGUCGCUGCUUCUGUCCUAUGGCAGUCGCUCCGCUCGGUGCUGUCCUCCGCCAACCACGAGGUCCGUUCCGGCUUCGAGAUUCGUGUCGCGGCACUGCUGGCAGAUAUCGCCGCCGCGAGCUCCAGCCGCAGGGCGGCGAUUGUUGGCGCUGGAGGCGGCGCCGUAGUUGACUGGCUGCUCGAGUCUGUUGCGGUGGCCAAGGACGGCGGUAUCGGUACUCAGGCGGAGGCCGCGAGGGCGCUGGCGUAUUUGAUUGCGGACCCGAACGUUUCUGCUGCUGUGCUUGCUCGACCUCAUGCUAUUCCGAAUCUUCUGAGGUUCAUUUUCUCUUGCCAGCCUCGGCGUUCCAAGAAUAAGAAGCAGCAUUCAAGACGCAGUAUAUUUGAUGUUUCUGAUUCUUUGAAAGGCAGGAGCAUGCUCGUGGCUGCCAUCAUGGACAUUGUUACGUCCAGCUGUGACAAUGCAGAAAAGGUGUCAUUUAGGCCAUCGUUGCCUGGAAAUGCUGAAACCAGAGACAUUGCUGCAGCCCUACAGGUUAUUGAGGAAGGGGGUUUGCACUUGGAUGAGCCACCAGAAGGUGAAGAUGACGAUGAUGAUGGUGGGACAGGAAGGAAAGGGAUUGGAAUCAAGAUACUUGGAGGUACCACUGUUUUAGGGCUUUCGAGGACCAGCAGCGUGAUGAAGUUGGAUAAUAACUCUAAUUCCAGUCAUGAAGAAUCAUUGAAGCAUCAUACUCCAAAACCCCUUGUGUAUCAAAGUGAUAAGUAUGACAAUUCACAGGCACAACACAAUAUGUCUUCUGCUGUUGUUCCUGGUCUAUGGGAUGAUUUGCAUUGUGAACAUGUUGCUGUUCCUUUUGCCACUUGGGCAUUGGCAAAUUGGGCAACGGCAUCACAGUUGAAUAGAUCUCGCAUACAGGAACUGGAUCAAGAUGGAAAUGCUAUCUUGUCUGCUUUAAUGGCACCUGAGAGAUCUGUUAAAUGGCAUGCAAGUUUGGUGGUGCGGUUGCUAUUAGAAGAUCGCAAUACACCUUUGAAUGAAUCUGUUUCUGAUUGGAGUUCCAGUCUCCUUUCUACUAUUUCUCAGGCAUGUAAGCAUGAAGAUGUUUCAUUAGCUCAGGUAGCUUUUUCUGCCUUUCUGUUAUCUGUUGAGAGGAGUCCGGGCGUGCAGAAGAUAGUGAUGGAGAAGGGUCUUAAUUUGAUGAGAGAUAUUGCUAAACAGACAACAAAGCAUAAGCAGGUCCAAGAAGCAAUGGCAAAGGCAUUAGAACUACUUUGUACUGGGGACCUGCAUUUAUCUCUUGAAGAGAGUCAAAAAUGGUCAGGCAUUCUUCUUCCCUGGGUUUUUGGAACAUUUUCUUCAGAUACUAUACGAAGUUCAGCCAUAAGGAUUCUUUCUCAGAUCUUAGAAGACUAUGGAGCAUCAUGUAUACCACUUUCUCAAGGAUGGUUAGCCAUGCUCUUAACUGAAGUACAAAAUUCCAUCAAGAAAUCAAAUGAUAAAGGAGCCAGUCAGCCUAACAGUGAUAAAGUGAAGACUUCAAUCAAUAAUGCAAAUAUUGCUUUGGCUGGACAAGUUGCAAAUCAGCUAUCUAGUGCUGUGGUCAAUCUGGCAGCUAAACAAUUGAGAAUUGCGUCUAAUUCUGGGGAUACAUCCACUCUGGCUGAUUUUCUCUCUCUGGAACCUCUAGCAGGACCAUUUAAAAAUUUAAAAAAAGAUAGUCUGCCUAAAUUUGGUGCUGCAGAUUCUGCCUUGGCAACCCUGAAAGGUAUUAAGGCUUUGGCUGAAGUUAUUGCUGAAAACUCAGUGUGUCAGGACAAGGUUGUUGAUUUUGGCAUUUUAUGUUUGCUGAGGCGCUUUUUAUUGAAUGAUGAUUAUGAGAAACUGGCUGCCAUUGAGGCUUAUGAUGCAUCAUCCAGAGCACAUGAGGGGCAGGAGCGGAUGUCAAAUAAAGGAGACAAACCUCCUAUAUCAGAUAAAAAUGAUCCAGCUAGUGUCCGAGUUCCACCCACAGCUCAUGUCCGCAGGCAUGCAGCUCGGUUAUUGACCAUCCUCUCCCUGCAUCCCAAAGUCAAGAAGGUCGUUAUAGCUGAUGAAACUUGGUGCAAUUGGCUUGAUGAUUGUGCUAAUGGGAAGAUUCCAGGUUGCAGUGACCUUAAAAUGCAAAGUUAUGCCAGGGCAACACUUUUAAAUAUAUUUUGUGAGGACCAGUUUAAUGGAAUGUCUGAAACUGGAAGCUCUGGAACUGGAAGCUCUUCUGAUGGUGGUGUAAAAAAUAACUUGUGUCCUCGUUAUGCUGACAUGAUAUUCUUGAUAAAUUCUCAUCUUCCGCACUGGAAGUGUCCCAAAGAAACAGAUCGACGAGGUCCUUUCUCAAAAGACGUAUCUGUGUCUACUUCUGAUGUUACUGAGGAUGGGAUAAAAACCUUAGAUGAUGGCAACUGCUCUAGUUCAAUUGGUUCAACUGAAAGUGGCCUAGAUAGAAAUUGUCCUCCGCUGGACGUAGUUUUUGUCCAUGGCCUCCGUGGAGGACCUUACAAAACUUGGCGUAUAUCUGAGGACAAAUCCUCAACUGUGUCCACCUUGGUGGAGAAGAUUGAUGAGGAAGCAGGAAAGCUUGGAACCUUUUGGCCUGGCGAAUGGCUUUCCAGUGAUUAUCCAGAUGCUCGCUUGUUUACCCUCAAAUACAAGUCUAAUCUCACACAGUGGUCUGGAGCUAGCCUGCCUCUCCAGGAAGUUAGUUCUAUGCUAUUGGAGAAGCUUGUUGCUGCAGGAAUUGGGAAUCGACCUGUUGUUUUUGUAACUCACAGUAUGGGGGGCUUGGUUGUGAAGCAGAUUCUUCAUACAGCGAAGGAGCGAAAUUUUGAUAAUCUUGUGAAUAGUACAAUAGGAAUCGUGUUUUAUAGUUGUCCUCAUUUUGGUAGCAGACUUGCAGAUAUGCCAUGGCGAAUGGGCCUUGUGCUUCGUCCUGCUCCAACAAUAGGAGAGCUAAGAAGUGGGUCUUCAAGACUGAUUGAGCUUAAUGAUUAUAUUCGUCAGCUUUAUAAGAAAAGUAUGCUUGAUGUCCUCAGCUUUUGUGAGACCACAGUAACUCCAAUAGUUGAAGGUUAUGGUGGAUGGGCUUUGCGAAUGGAAAUUGUACCUAUUGAGUCAGCAUAUCCUGGAUUUGGGGAACUUGUUGUAUUGGAGUCAACAGAUCAUAUAAGUUCUUGCAAACCAGUGAGCCGCUUAGACCCUUCUUAUACAGAGACAUUAAAGUUCUUAGAGAAAUUAAAAGCGUGUUAUACCUGACUGAUCCGUUUUUGUGGAGAUGUGUAAAUACUUUUGAAGAGUUAGGUAGGUGUGAUAUUAAUAUGCAAAAUGCAUGAGCUCAUUUAUCACGUGGCUUCCAUUUGAUAACUUGAUACCAUUCAACAAGUUGAGUGAAGCUUCAUGAUGACCUGACAGAUUUGGUCUUAGUAACUUAUACAUUUUUUCAUUGUUCGAUUCAUUUGGUUCAAAUUUUGUGAUUGAUGUUGUAGGUCAGUUGGCUCUUGGGGAUUUUAAUCCGUUCGCCUUGUACAUAAUAGGAAACACAAUUAUAACCCCUGUAUAUUCAAUUAUUCAUAUAAUCAGUCUUCUUUUUUUAUGUCAGAA